AUGGACUACUCCUACCUCAAUUCGUACGACUCGUGCGUGGCGGCCAUGGAGGCGUCCGCCUACGGCGACUUCGGCGCCUGCAGCCAGCCCGGCGGCUUCCAGUACAGCCCGCUCCGGCCCGCCUUCCCCGCGGCCGGGCCGCCCUGCCCCGCGCUCGGCUCCUCUAACUGCGCGCUUGGCGCUCUCCGCGACCACCAGCCCGCGCCCUACUCGGCAGUGCCCUACAAGUUCUUCCCGGAGCCGUCGGGCCUGCACGAGAAGCGUAAGCAGCGGCGCAUCCGCACCACGUUCACGAGCGCGCAGCUCAAGGAGCUGGAGCGUGUCUUCGCGGAAACCCACUACCCGGACAUUUACACGCGGGAGGAGCUGGCGCUCAAGAUCGACCUCACUGAGGCUCGCGUGCAGGUCUGGUUCCAGAACCGCCGGGCCAAGUUCCGAAAACAGGAGCGCGCGGCCAGCGCCAAGGGCGCGGCGGGCGCGGCGGGCGCCAAAAAGGGCGAGGCGCGCUGCUCGUCCGAGGACGACGACUCCAAGGAGUCCACCGGCCGGACUCUGGAGGCUCCGGGCCUGGCCCCAGAGACGCCCCUGCCCCUCCAAGACCUGACAGCCCCUCCCCACCCUGCGGCCUGCCUGAAGUCCCUAUCCGACCCCACCUCCCGCCGUGUCUGA